AUGCCAAUUAAUAAAAAUAAUGAAAAUAGUGGUGAUAAUGACAAUAUGAUUUCAAAUAAUAAAAAAAAGAAAUUAUUAUUUGAAGCAGAGAGUGUACAAGAUGAAUAUUAUGACGUAGAUACAAAUAGAGAUGAUAAAUCAAGAUCAAAAGUCAAUUCAUUUAGAUAUCAAAGUUUUUCAGAAAAAAUCUCAAAAGUUGAUAUCAAUAUUUUCAAUAAAGUUGGUGAUGUAUUGAUUGAAUUGGAACACGAAAAUGAUUCAUACUUUCAUCAAUCAAUUAUGACAUGGAGAGAAUUAAAUCUUACUCAACAUUAUAACAAUUUUUUCAUUCACAUUCGUAAAUAUCAUAAUAGUCUUCCAGAAAUUAUCAUUCAUAAAGAUAAAAUUAUCGAUAUUUUAUUACAACAUAUUUCAAUUAAAAAUUCAACAGCUUUAAAACCAUUAUUAAGUAUUUUAGCAUCAUUAUCACGUGAUUUAAGAUCAGAAUUUUAUGGAUCAUUUUUUAAAGUUUUAAAAGUUUUAAUUACAGUUUUAAAAAAUUCAUUCCAAUCUGAAUCAAUUGAAGAAAUUUAUACAUCAAUUUGUUUUAUUUUCAAAUUUUUAGAAAAGCAAAUUUUACCAAAUUUCACCCAAUUAUUUGAAAUUUAUUCAGAAUUAUUUUUACAAAAAAGAAAAUAUAUUAGAAAGUUUGCAGCAGAAAGUAUUGCAUUCUUUUUAAGAAAGAUUUCAUUUGAAGAAUUUGAAUUAACAUUGAAUUAUUUAUUUGGACAAUUAUCAAUUAAUAAUCAAAGUGAAGAGUUUAUUGAUGCAUUUUCAAUAUUAUUAUUUCAUUCAGUUAAAGGUGUUAAAGGUAAAUUUCAUUCACGUACUGAACAUAUUUUACCAUUAAUGUUAAGACAAUUGGAUUCAAAAAAUAUUAAAAACUGUCAAUAUGAAUGUAAAUUCCGUGUAAUCGUAAGAUUAUUCCAAUUAAUUAAAAAUCAUGCUGUUAAUGAAGGUGAUAAUUUAAAACCAAUUUGGAUAACAUUAAAAAAAGAAUCAAAUGAAAUUUUUAAUUUAAUUAAAAUUUUUCAACAACAACAACAACAACAAAAUAAUAUCAGCAGCGGCAAUAAUAAAGAAUUAUUAAAUUUAUCAAGUCAACUUGAAGCAUAUUUUAAUAUUAUUAAAGAUUGGAUGAAUGGUAGUAAAAUGAUUGAUGUUAAUGAUAUUUUCAUUAUUUUAUCAAAUUUCUUUGAAAAUGGGUUAAUUUUAAAAACAAUAAUUGAAAAUGAAUUUAAUUCAUCAAAUUUAUUAAUAGUUUUAGCAAAAGCAUAUCCAAUUUCAAUUAAAUAUAGUGGUAGUGGUAAUAGUGGUAAAAAAGAAUUAAUGUUAAAAUAUUUAGAUAAUUUAUUUUCAUUACAAAAUAUAAAGAAUUCACAUUUAUUAAUAUUUCAAUUUUGUACAAGUUUAAAGAAAUCAAAUUUACAAGAUACAAUCAUUACAAAUAGAUUAGUUAAAUAUUUAGAUAAGAAUUCAUCAACAUUGGAUAUUAAUGAAAUGUUAGCAUUUAUAAUUCGUGUUUUCACAUUGGAUGAAAAUGAUGAACCUUUACCAAUUUCAUUAUAUCCAUCAUAUGAAAUUCCAAAUCUUUUAAAGAAAUUAGAAUCAUUAUUAAUUAAUUUCAAUAAGAAUUUCAAUGUUAUUAGUAGUAAUAGUAGUGAUGAUAAUGAUAGCAACCAUGGUUGUAAUUUUAAUUUUGGUUCAAUUUGGUCAAUUGUUUCAAGUUUAGUUUGUAUUUAUUCAAAAUCAAUUAUUGAAAUUUUACCAAUUUUAGAAAAUACAACAAUUUUAAUUGAAUCAUUAAUAAAUAAUAGUAAUAGUACAAUUUCAAAAGAUUCACAAGAAUAUCAAAAUUUAAUUUAUUUAUUAUCACAAUCAUUAUCAAGUUAUAUCAUUUUAUUAUCAAAACAUUCAAAAACUACAAAUAAAUUAGCACAAUUAUCAAAGAGAAUUUUUAAUUUACUAUCAAACUUUUCAAAUAAUAUAAAUAUUUUAAAAUUAUCUUCAAUUUAUUUUGAAAAAUUAAAAGAUUUUGAACAAAUAACACCACCAAUACCAAUAACAACAACAGUAGAAAAGAAAUCAUUAACAAAGAAAUCAACAACAACAACAACAACAACAACAAAAUCAAUUACACCAGUUGAACCAAUUAAAUUUGAAAUAUUUAAAAAUCAUUUAGAAUUAUUAAAAUUAAAUUUAACAAAUAAAUCAAAUUCUAUUAGAAGAGAAACUAUAUCAACAUUAAAAUAUUUACAUUUAUGUACAGUUAAUAAUAAUAAUAAUAAUAAUAAUAAUAAUAAUAAUAAUAAUAAUAAUAAUAAUAAUAAUAAUAAUAAUAAUAAUAAUAAUAAUAAUAAUAAUAAGAAUGAUACUACAUCAUCAACAAUAUCAACACAAGAAGAAAAUGAUGAAAUUCAAAGAUUGUUUGAUUAUUGUUUUGAAAUUGAAACAGCUCAAUAUCAUUUAAGAGAUGCAAGAAGUGUUGUUUCAAAGGUUGAUGCAAUUGGUUCAAUCUAUUCAAAUGGAAAGAUACCAUAUUUUAAUGAUUUACUUUAUCAUUAUAUGAUGGGUGGUUUUUAUAUUCGUUUUACUCCAAUUUGGUCUGCAAUUCAAAAGAAUAUAAUAUUAUUUUGUAAAAAAGAUAUAAACAAAUUUUAUCCAAUCCUUUAUAAAACUUUACAAAAUUCUGAACAAACUUUAUUAAAUUUAAAUAAAGAUAAAAUGAUAAUUGAUAAUGAAAAAGAAAAUGAACAUGAUGAAGAAGAUGUUGAAUUAAUUGAAGAUGAAGAUGAAGAUGAAAAUAAUGAAGUAGAAGAAGAAAAAGAAAAAGUUGAAAAAGAAAUUGAAGAAGAGGAGGAAGAAGAAGAAGAAGAAGAAAUAAAAUUAAUUGAAAAUAUAUCAUUUGAAAAAUUAAUUAUUAAAGAUAAAUUAAAUUUAAAUUAUUUAUUUAAUGAAAUUUUAGAUAGAUUAUAUAUGGAGAAUUCAGAAAUGAUUGAAAAAUCAGCUAGGAAUAUAUUAUUAUUAUCAACUGAUCCAAUUAAUUAUAAUUCAACAUUAUGGAAAACAAUGUCAAUGUUGGGUUCAUUAGUUGAGGCUCAAUCAAAGGAUUUAAUUCAAAUGUUUUUAGAAUUUGUUUAUUUCGAUUUCAAUAGAUUUACAAAAGUUUUCAAAAAUUCAUCAAGUGGUGAUUCAUUCGAUUUCGGUGAAUCAAUUAUAAAAGUUGCACAAACAAGAGACCAAUCAAUUAUAAAACCUUAUUCAAAAACUCAAGCUGAACAACUCUUUCUUUACUAUUUAGAAUUCUUUUCACAAUUUAAACGUCCAACUAAAAUGUAUCAACAAGAUUUAAUGAAACAAUUAUUCUAUCGUUGUUUGGAUAUUGAUGAACCAAAAAUUCAAUUCCAAACAUUACAAUGUUAUUUACUUUGGGCAAAUCCUUCAAUUCAACCUUAUAAAAAGAAUUUAGAACGUUUAAUUCAUGAUAAAACAAUGAGAGAAGAAAUGACUACUUUUAUCAUCUCAAAAGGUUCACCAAAUACUUCAAUCACUGAUGAUCAUAGAGUUGAAAUCGUUGAAGUCGUCGUUAAAAUCUUAAUUUCAAAAUUAAAUCGUAAAGUUACUCGUUCAUCAAUCGAUGCUCAAAGAAUUACAAUUUUCUCUUAUUUCUCUGGUUUAUCAUCUGAUGAAUUAAAACCAAUUAUUAAAAGACUUUUACAACCAUUUAGCUUAUUAUUAAAUUCAUUAAAUGAAAAUGUUAAUAGUGGUGGUGUUACCAGCAGUAAUAAGAAGAUUAAGAAAUCAACUAGUUUGGUUAAAGAAGACUUUUCAUUAUUACCACAAUUGGAUAGUCAAGUUUACUUUUUAAAUAUUUUACAAUCAGCUGUUAAACAAUUGGGUUCAUUAUUAGUACCAUUUAUGGAUGAUAUUAUAAAGAUAUUGUUAACAAUUUCGAAGAAUACUUUAACGACAACCAUUGUCAAUUCAAAUGAUAAACGUCCAAAGAUUAUAUCAUCAAUUCGUUCUUUGGCAUUUAGAAGAUUCUCUGAAAUUUUACAACAAUACCAUUCUUGGGAUUUCAAAGAUUAUAUAUCAGAAUUAUUUAAAAUUAUCUCAACUAUACUUCCAUCAUUAAAUGCUUAUGGUUUACCAGUUGGUUUAAGAAGAUGUUUAUUCGUAGUUUCUUCAAAUUCAAAUUUAGUAGGUUACUUAAAUCAAGAUAUUAAAUUGUUACCAACAAUCUUGUCAUUUAUAACCUAUAAACCACAUCAAGAUUCUUUCUUAUCAAUCAUUGAAAAUCUUUUAUUAAAUGUUGAUCCAAAUGAAGCUGAACCAACAAUAAUUGAAAUUUAUAUGAAAGUUUUAUUACCACAUAUUGAUACAAUUAUUAAUGCUGUUAAAUCAAUUUUAUUACGUGGUAAUAAUAAUAAAAAACAAAAACAAGAACAAAAACAACAACAAGAACAACAAGAUAUUUCAAAAAGUGGUAGUAAUUUUACACAACCAAAAUUAAAUUCAUUAAAUCCAAGUAAAUUAUCAAAAAGACAUUUAGCAAUUUUAUCAGAAGUUAGUAAAUUUGCAAAAUCAGCAGAACAAGCUAGUGAAUUAUUAGAAUUAUUAAUUCCAUUCCUUAGAUAUAAUAAAUUGGGUGAUGAUGAUGAUUUAGUUUUAUCGAUUUUAGUUAUCUUUAAGAAUAUGUUAUCAAUUAUAGAGAAUCCAGAUCACCACAUUCCAACCUUGUCAACAUUAUUUGGUGUAUUUAAAACUCGUCUCACUCGUACGACAUUGGCAGAGAUAUUCUUAGUGUUGGGUGAAAAAGUGAGUUAUAUGUCAUUGAUUUCUCCAUACUUGGAGAAACUAAAUGCAUACACAAAGAAGAGUGUGCAUUUGGAAACCUAUGAUUACGAUAAACGUUUGGAAGCUUAUCAAUACAUUAACGAUAAUCUAUUAGAGAAAUUGGGUCAUCGUGAAUUGUUACCAUUAUUUAUAAACUAUGUCUACUUUAUAAAUGAUAAAGAUUACUCAAUUAAAAAUAGUGCAAUCUCUGGUAUCUCGAGAUUAAUUAAAUCAAUCUCAAAGAAAUUAAAUGAAAAUGGUGAAGUGAUUAAAUCAAAUGAUCAACAAAACACAAUUGAAAUCAUUAAUCACUUUAAAACCAUUUUCAUUCAAUCAAUGCGUUCAUCAUUUAAUGAUAAAGAUGUUAGAGAUGAAUUUUUAAUUCUAUUCAAUCAAUUACUCAUCGAUUGGAAAGGUCAUAAUCAAUUUUAUCCAGAUUUAAAACAACUCUUAUUCAUUGGUGAUGAUGAAAAGAACUUUUUCUUAAAUUAUUGUCAUAUUCAAAAACAUAGAAAAAGAUUAUCAUUCCUUCAAUUAAAAAAUAUUUGUUCAAUUAAUAAUCAAGAUGAUGAUGGUAAUAAUAAUAAUCAAGACAAUUGUAAAUUUUCAAAUGAAACAAUUAAUCAUAUUAUUUUACCACUUUCAAUUCAAGCUAUUUUAGAAACAUCAAUAAAAGAUCAUGGUAGUGCUGUACUUGGUGAGGUUGUUAAAUCUUUAGGUGUAUUAGCAAAAUCAUUAGAUUGGAAAUGUUAUUAUCAAGUUUUAAAGAAAUUAAUUAAAACAAUGGAUGAACAUCCAAAUAGAUUUAAAUUCUUUGUUAAAUCAGUUUGUGAAGUAAUUGAUGAAUUCCAUUUCUUUAUUAAUGAAACUGAUGUUAGAAAUGAAUUAUUAACUGGUUCUGAAAUUAAAGAUGAUAAAAUUAAUAAUAAAGAUGAAAAUAAUAAAGAACAAGCAGAAGAAGAAGAAGAUGAUGAAGAUGAUGAUGAUAAUGAAGAAGAUGAAGAAAUGGGUGAAGAAGAAAAAGAAUUAAGAGAAAUUGAAAAUGAUCAAAAUAAUUUAGUAACUGAAUAUAAUGAAUUUGAUCAAGAAGAGAAUGGUGUAUUAAAAGUUUCAAAAACUAAAGCACAAUCAAUAUUAAAGAUUAGAAAGAAGAAAGUUAUUGGUAGUACAAUUGUAAAGACUAAAAAUAUUUCUGAAGAGAUUUUCCAAGCGAUUACAACGGUUUUAACACCACAAUUAAAGAAACAUCUUGUUGAAGUUAAAGUUGUAACAAGCUCAAAGAUGGAUACUGGUAGUGCAGCUCAAGCAGAGAAACAAAAGAAUGAAGGUUUAGUUAAUUUAUCGAUUGCAUUGGCAAUAUUAAAACUUUAUAAACUUUUACCAGAGAAAACAUCCUCUCAAUUGUAUCCAAAUAUCAUUGGUAAACUUUGUAUUGGUUUAAAGAGUAAGGAAUACUCAGUUAGAGAUACAACUAGAUCAACACUUUUGCAAGUGAUGGAAACAUUAGGCUACAGAUUCUUCCCAUACAUUCUUAAAGAUUUAAGAAAUAUUUUAAAGAAUGGUUAUCAAAAGCAUAUCCUUGCCUAUACAUUACAUGCUCUAUUGAAUACACUUUCAAAGAGUAUCGAAGUCGGUGUAUUGGAUAGUCAAAUAUCAUUAUUGAUGGACAUUAUCAUUGAAGAUCUCUUUGGUGAACCAUCGGUUCAACGUGAGAUUAAACAAGUUCAAGAUACUUAUCCAGAGGCAAAAACUCAACGUUCUUUCGAUUCUUUACGUAUCAUUGCAACCAUCAUUCAUUUCAGUAAUACAAAUUUUAUGAUUAAACCUAUAGAAGAGAUCAUUUCAGUUUCAAAUUCACCAAAACUUUUACCAAAUUUACAAGAGAUGAUUAAAAAGAUUGGUAAAGGUCUUAGAGGUAAUAAAUCUUUAGAUUUUAAGAAUCUAUCGAUUUUAACCUAUCAAUUCAUUACCAAAGGUUUAAGAGAGAAAGAAAUCAAUCAAUUUUCAAAUAGAAAAACAAUUACUCUUGAUACAUCGAUUGGUGUUGCUCAUAAACCAACCUAUGAAGAGACUUUCUCAAUUCAAGCUGAUCCAUCUAAAAAGAAGAAUUCUCGUAUUCAUCAACAAGAGACUCAUUCAUUUAUUUUCGCUGAAUUAGGUUUCUCUCUAUUGAUUCAUGCAAUCAAGAGUCAAAAAUCAACUCAACUCGAACAAUAUCGUUCAAUGAUUGAUCCAUUCAUCACUUAUAUCUCCAAAUGUUUAGAACAUAAACAACCACGUGUAGUUUAUCUAUCAUUGAAAUGUUUAUUAAAAGUUUUCAAUAUGGAUUUACCAAGUGUAAAAGCAAAUUCAAAACAAUUGACAAUUCAAGUACUAAAGAGACUUCAAAUGGAUUCUGGUAAUGAAAAGAUUUCAAAUAGUUCCUAUGAGAUGGCAACUUGCUUCCUUCGUGAUGAAAAACAAGAACAUGUCAAUGAAGAACAAUUGAAAGCAAUUCUAUCGUUAACUCGUCAACAUUUAACAAGUGGUGAACAAAAUCUUAAUCGUUCACUUACUAUGCUUCAUGUUUUAGUCAAUAGAAAAGUCUUACUACCUGAAAUCUACGAUCUAAUGGAUUUCUGUUGUGCAUUGAUGAUUCGUUCUCAUCAACCAUCGAUUGCAACCAUCAUUAGUAAUAUUUUCAUUGACUUUUUAUUAUUCUAUCCAAUGGGUGAAACUCGUUUAAAACAACAAAUCACUUUUCUCAUAAAGAAUCUUUCCUAUGAAUAUGACCAUGGUAGACAAAUAGUUUUGAAAACUCUAACUCAAAUAGUUGAACGUUUCCCACAAGAAGUUUUGAAUCAAUAUGCUCUAAUUAUCUACGUUCCAUUGGUUGUACGUUUAACAAGUGAUCCAUCACCAUCUUGUCGUGAAAAUGUCGCUCAAUUAAUUAAACAAUUGAUUAAAGGUGUCUCUGUUCAAAUCGCUUCGAAAAUCUAUGAUAUGACAAUGUGUUGGUUUGAAAAUGGUUCAAAGAAUCUUACAAUGGCUAGAACCUCUGCUCAAAUCAUUGGUAUUCAAUCCGAAUGCUCUUUGGCAAACUUUGAAUCAAAACUUCCAACUAUCGUUUCAAAAUCAUUACCAUACAUUGAACAAUGUUUAACCUCACUUCGUGAAAAAGAACAAUCAUUCAAUAUCAUUGAUGAAAUCUCUGAUGAUGCUCAAAAUUCAACUCAAUUACUACCAGGUUGGCAAUUAUCUUAUUCAAUCUUUACUUCAUUUGAAAAGAUUUUAACAAAUUAUCCAAACUUUUCAACUUCAACUCAUUUAUCUCAAUUUUGGAAACUUUCAAUUGAAUUCUUAAAUUAUCCACAUAUUUGGGUUAGAACUAGUUUAACUAGAUUAUUUAAUAUUUUCUUUACUCAACAUUCAAUUUUAAAUUUAGUACCAAUUAUUGAUCAAUUAUCAACAAAUAACAAUAAUAAUAAUAAUAAUAAUAAUAAUAAGAAAUCAAAUUCAAUUUCACCAAUUUAUAAUAUUAUAUUUAAUUCAAAUUCAAUAUUUGAAAUUACUAAAAAACAUUGUUCAAUUUUAAAUAGUAAAUUAUUAACUGAUGAACUUGGUUUAACAAUCAUUAAAAAUUUAAUUUAUCUUUCAAUGUUAUUCUAUAAAUGUAAAAAUAUUAAACCACUAUCAAAUAGUAAUGAUGAUAUAACUCCAAAUAUUUUCAUUGAAAAUAUUGAUAAUAAUAAUAAUGAUGAUGAAAUGAAUGUUGAUAAUCAUGAAGAAGAAGAAGAAAAAGAACAAGAAGAACAACAAGUUGAAAAUGAUGAUGAUGAUGAUGAAGAAAAUGAUAAUGAACAACCAAUGGAAGAAGAAGAAGAAGAGAAAGAACAACAAGUUGAAGAAGAUGAUGAAGAUCAAAUUCAAGAAACAACAAAUGGAAAGGUUGAACAAGAAUCGUCAAUGUUAUUAUGGUUAUUUAAGAGAUUAUCAUAUAUGUCAACCAAAGCAGGUUAUUUGAGAAGAAAAUAUAUUUUCAGAUGGAUUGCUGCAGUUUCAACUCAAUUAACCGUUCAAGAGUUAAUCCCAUACCUUUCAAUUCUAUUGAUUCCAUUAAUUAAAUGUACUGAUGAAAAGAUUCGUGUCACUCCUCAAGAAAAGAAAUUAGCUCAAGAAGUACUUGAUAUUUUAAAGAAAAAGAUUGGUCCAAGCAAAUUUAUGUCUGUCUAUCAAUCAAUCGUUAAAGCAACUAAUGAAAUGAGAGAAAAGAGAAGAGCUGACAGAAAGAUUGAAGCCAUUGCCAAUCCAAAGGAAUUCUUACAAAAGAAACAAGAAAAGAGACAAUUAACUAAAGAAAAGAAGAGAAAAUAUAAAAGAGAAUCACUCAAAGAAUUACUUGAUGAUAGAAAGAGAAUUCGUGUGUCUCAACACUUAAUUCAUGGUGAAGAUGAUUAA